UCAGUAUAUAAGUGACUCUAAGGAAAAAGUUAGAGAUCAAUUUUCUCUCACUUGAAACACCCUUAAUUAAAGUUUACUUCAUAUUAAUACUGCAUCAGCAAAACUUCAUCAGCACUAAUGAAUAUCGAUGAUGUUGAGCGCAUUAGAACAGGUACUGUAUUGACAGCAACAGCACACGCGGUGACUGCAGUGAUAGGAUCAGGAGUGCUAGCAGUGCCAUGGAGUGUUGCUCAGAUGGGUUGGAUUUUUGGGCCACUUUCCCUCUUUGGUUUUGCUGUCAUUACCUACAUUACUGCCCGUCUGCUUUGCGACUGUUAUCGGACUCCUGAUCCGAUCAAGGGCCAGAGAAACCGCACCUACAUGGAUGCUGUUCGAGCUACCUUAGGGAAAAAGGAGGUGUUGAUUUGUGCUGUUGCUCAGUAUUCUUUGCUAUGGGGAACAAUGGUUGGUUAUGCAAUCACAGCAGCAACUAGCAUGGUGUCUGUUAAAAGAACAAAUUGCUACCACACAGGAACAGCUGAAGCAGUAGUUCAUUGUGAAGCAUCAUCAGGCAACACUUUCCUGCUAAUAUUUGGAGCCAUAAAUAUUGUACUCUCUCAAAUUCCCAACCUCGAGAAGGUGACAUUCCUCUCAGUGAUCGCGGCCACAAUGUCAUUCUGUUACUCCUUUGUUGCACUAUAUCUAUGUGUAGCCAAGUUCGCUUCUCAUCCUAAGCCUAGAGGCACCCUAACUGGUGUUGAAAUUGGGAGAAAUGGCCUCACUUUGACUUCUAAACUCUGGCAAUCUUUUCAAGCUCUUGGCAACAUUGCCUUCUCUUACACCUAUGCUCAGUUGCUCAUUGAGAUUCAGGACACGCUAAAAUCACAUCCAGCUGAAAAUAAAACCAUGAAAAGGGCAACUUUAUAUAGCAUUGCACUGACAACAACCUUCUAUGUUUCUUUGGGUUGUAUGGGAUACCUUGCCUUUGGAAAUCAAGCUCCAGGGAAUGUUCUUACUGCCUUCCAUGAACCCUUUUGGCUAGUUGAUCUUGCCAAUAUUGGAGUGGUUAUACAUCUAACUGCAGCAUUUCAGGUAUUUGCUCAACCUAUUUUUGCAACUUAUGAGAAGUGGCUGGCAAUGAGGUGGCCCUCGUCGUCAUUCAUCCACAAUGCAUACACCAUUAACAUUUCAGGAAUAAAGCCAUUGAGCUACCAAUUCACGCUUUGCCAGCUUCUUCUACGGCCUCUCGUUGUCGUUAUCACCGUGCUAACUGCAAUGAUGUUCCCUUUCUUCAAUGCUGUGUUGGGUUUGUUGGGUUCAAUUGCAUUUUUUCCAUUGACAGUUUACUUGCCAGUGAGAAUGUACAUGACUCAGACCACCAUUAAGAAAGGAGGGUUUAAGUGGUUUAUGCUUCAAGCAUUGUGCUUAGUUUCCUUGCUUGUAUCCCUCACUUCUGCUGUGGGUUCUGUUGCUGAUAUUGUUGACCGCCUUAGCCAUGCCAAGCUCUUUAGUGCAAACUUGUAGUUGAUUGAUUAAUUACAAACUCAAAUUUUAUAUAAUGCAACUACUUAGAGUGAUCUUGAAUCUUCAUUGCUUCAAUUUGUAU